UGCCGGUAUUUUGUUGCGCAAGACAAGAUUUAGCAGACCUUUUAUUCAAGCAGAGAGAGAGAGAGAGAGAGAGAGAGAGAGAGAGAGAGAGAGAGAUGGGAGGAAGCAUCGAAGACGAGAUUAAGGACGAGAAGAACCCUAAGCCUCUCGAUGAGGACGAUAUCGCUCUGCUCAAGACUUAUGGAUUGGGGCCUUAUUCCAACACUAUAAAGAAUGCGGAAAAAGAGAUCAAAGAAAUGGCUAAGAAAAUUAAUGAUCUGUGUGGUAUUAAGGAGUCUGAUACUGGGUUGGCUGCACCGAGCCAGUGGGAUCUUGUUUCCGAUAAGCAAAUGAUGCAGGAAGAGCAACCACUUCAGGUGGCGAGAUGCACAAAGAUAAUCAACCCAAACACUGAAGAUGCAAAAUAUGUCAUAAACGUUAAGCAAAUUGCAAAGUUUGUUGUCGGAUUGGGAGAUAAAGUUUCACCAACUGAUAUCGAAGAGGGCAUGCGUGUUGGCGUCGAUCGCAAUAAAUAUCAAAUUCAGAUCCCCUUGCCUCCAAAAAUUGAUCCAAGUGUCACUAUGAUGACUGUUGAGGAGAAGCCUGAUGUUACAUACAAUGACGUAGGUGGAUGCAAGGAACAGAUUGAGAAAAUGCGAGAGGUUGUUGAGUUACCUAUGCUUCACCCUGAGAAGUUUGUUAAGCUUGGAAUUGACCCUCCAAAGGGAGUUCUCUGUUAUGGUCCUCCUGGAACGGGUAAAACUCUUUUAGCUAGAGCUGUGGCCAACAGAACUGAUGCAUGCUUUAUUCGCGUAAUUGGAAGUGAGCUUGUUCAGAAGUAUGUCGGUGAGGGUGCUCGCAUGGUUCGCGAACUGUUUCAGAUGGCACGUUCAAAGAAGGCUUGCAUAGUUUUUUUUGACGAGAUAGAUGCAAUUGGAGGUGCACGAUUUGACGAUGGUGUGGGUGGAGAUAAUGAGGUUCAGCGCACAAUGCUUGAGAUUGUAAAUCAGCUUGAUGGAUUUGAUGCUCGAGGAAAUAUUAAAGUUCUAAUGGCAACAAACAGGCCUGACACACUUGAUCCAGCAUUGCUUCGUCCUGGGAGGUUAGAUCGUAAAGUUGAGUUUGGCCUGCCUGAUCUAGAAAGCAGGACGCAGAUUUUUAAGAUCCAUACCCGCACUAUGAACUGUGAAAGGGAUAUUCGAUUUGAACUCCUAGCUCGUCUCUGUCCGAAUUCGACAGGAGCGGAUAUAAGAAGUGUCUGCACAGAGGCUGGUAUGUAUGCCAUUCGAGCAAGAAGGAAAACUGUAACAGAGAAGGAUUUCCUUGAUGCUGUGAACAAAGUCAUUAAAGGGUAUCAAAAGUUUAGUGCCACCCCCAAGUAUAUGGUGUACAAUUGAGGGAGAACUUUGUCAGAGGUGCUUACUUCUUGUGUGGCAUAAGCUUGGAAGAUCGUUAUUCUCUCUUCAGCCUCUCGAACAUUUGCACCAGAUUUGUUUUUUUCAUUUGCCAAUGUAGCCCUUUGGGAUAUUUUGUCCUUGCAAAAUAUUCACAGUGAUCAUGUAGUGUGCUAUGAGCAUCAGCUGGAGUAAUUGGGAUGCAAGUUUAAACUUAAUCUACUGACUGCAGCUGUAAUUUUCAUAUUGGAUACUUCUACGAAUCGGGUCAAUAUUCUCCCUAUAACUCUUUGUGCAAUGUACUAGUUUAAU